AUGUUGGUGACCUAUUUGGAAGCCAGCCUGGACCUUUGCGAGACGGACUCAAUUCUUUUUGGCGCCACAGUGGCGGUGUGCCGUAUUUUUGGCACCAAGCUUCCCAUGGCUGGACGCGUUACUAAACAAAAUAGCGCCAUCCCAGCCUGGAGAAAAAGAAUUGAGGACCGUAUCACAAAUGCAAGGGCCCUUAUCGGCAAACCGACAAGCUUCAAGUCGGGUAAUAAUAGACCGAGGGUUGUGCGCAUCGUCAGAAUGGCGUUUGCUGGGACAAAUAUCAGUUUGUCCCAGCCGGAUAUCACGCAGAAACUAACGGAGCGCAUAGACGACCCUGAAGCAAAAAAUCGCUGCUCGGGGGAAGCGGAUUCGACGAUUUACUGA